AUGCAAUUCUUCAAAGGCGCCAUAUUUUUUCUCCUCACGCUAGGUGUCUCCGCCUUACCAACCGCAAUCGAAUCCAACUACGAAAACCUAACAGACACCGACCUCGAGAAUAGAGGUACCGCAGUCAACCCAGCCCUCGUUCCAGUUUUCAAAAUCCAGCCUGGUUCCGGAGUCGGCGCAAACAAUGUUCCAAUUCCCAAAGACUGCCCGCCAGCUCGCGCCGAAUUCAUACAAAAGCUUAGCGCAAAUGUCGCAGCAGGAAAUGUUCUGGGCCAAAGGAUAAAUUUCAACACCGAUAUAAAAGUCACAGAUGUCAAGACGCAAAAGGAUCGUGCUACAGCUAUGAUCAUCACAUUACAGAGUUUCUCUGGGACGAAGGGUGUUGGAUGUCCGGGGGCUAGUACACCGGAGUUGACCGAGCUGCAGAAGACUGGGAUUCAGUCACCUGCUUGA